CCUGUUGGUGGUGAUGACGACGUCAGCCGCGUCGACCGCUGCCAACCGCGUUGGCCAAAAGUGAUGCCGCACAAAUGUCAGUUUUUCGAAACUGUCAGUUGGCGGCAACACAGCAUUUGCACCGCCUAUGUGUUUGUUAAUAACGGCAUUUUGCGCGAAUAUUGAUUUCAGUUGUCAUGAUAAGCAGAUCGAAAAAUUGGUAAUUCGUAUGCGGACGUGAACGCGAAAACGCGGUAAUUUUAGUACCGUUGCGUUGCAUUGAAAUUCGAAGCAAAUGUGUGGGAAAUGUGGCAAAAUACUAGCAAAUAUUUAUGUGUUUGUGUAGAAAAAUUCUGAAGCUCAACGAGUUUACGCAAUGUUUUUAACGGUGCAAAGUGUAGUUAAUAAAAAAGAAAUGUUGAAUUUACUCGCUGGAAUUGCUCAUUGAUUGUCUGAUUUGAUUUGAUACAGCAAAUUGAAUUUAGUUUCAGUUGUAAAAAGUGUUCAGCGAAAAAAUAUUGAUUUUUUUGCGAAACUAAAAAGUUUAAUGAAAAGUUCGAAAAAUCGCCAACAGCAAUAUGGAAAUGCCAGUCGGAAAGGCGGUAGCAGUAAACGUGAAAAGGGUUCAAAAUUGGAUCGAAAGUCAUCACGUGGCAUGAUCUAUGAGAAUGAGGAACUGAGGCUGCGUACCAUCAAUAUAAAUGCUGAGGUCGAAAGAGGGCAAUCGGACAUCAAACGUUUGCGUAGAGAGAAUGAACAGCUGCGCCGCGAGAUUUGGACGUUACGCGAUGAGUGUGAUCGCUUGAAUAAACGCUUCAAGGCGAAACUGUUGGAUCAUGAUCAUGGUUGCAAUGCGCGACAUAGCGUUUGUAGUGGCGGCCGACGCGGUAGUGGGCACAUAUGUGACAGUAGCUGUAACAGUGAUGAUUCAGAUUCCUGUGAUACCUGCAAAGGCAACAAUGAUCAAUGCAGUGAUGAGUGCUGCACUGGCGGCAGCUGUCCACAGUUGGCGACAAAGCAACCGAUUAUUGAGUUCGAAGCUGAUACGCCCACCACAACGACAGCAACGCGCUCAGAUCUGGUCAAUUUUGUGGUUAAAUCUGCGGGUGCUAAUUCUGAAAGUGUGCCAAAUUUACAUCAGGCAUUCGAUCAUUUGUCCGUGGUGUCGGAGGAAACGAUGAGUAAUGCCGACCAGCAUACGCAUGUGCCACACAAUGAGUUGCUGCACAUAUAUACAUCUGACGGCGGUGGCUCGCAGAUGAUAUUACCCAGCUUAGUUGGGCCGUUGACACCGUUGACGCCCAUCGAACAGGUGGCCAAUCAGUUGAAUGAUCUGCAAUCGAAUGUGCCGCCACUAUCUUAUUUCGAGAAUGUGUUGCAAGAUCAUAUGGGUUCUAAUAUAGGUAAUACGCCCAAUACGAGCUCGCCUACUUCGAAACUAAUGCGUCACACCAAUGGUUGGGACUACAAGAUGCAAUCGCCUUUCGCGCAUAGAAAGAUUACAAUAGGCACUUCGCCGCCGGCAUUGCAAAUUGCCACAACGCUUACGCAGAACGCCACGCAACAACAACAACAGAGACUAGCGCCUCCCCAACUGUUAACUACAUUUGUGCCAACAAUAGUGGCGCCGCCGGCAUGCAAUGAGUCGACGGCAAACUCCGCAGGUCUAACAGUAUCAGCGCCGAGUGCACAACAAUCGAACGCGACCGUCGUAGAGACAGUUGCAAUUACAACGACGCCAUCAAAUGCACUACCAACUCUUAAUAGCCCAAGGCAUUUCUUUGCGCCACUAAAGCCACGACUGAAAAUCAAUACAACUUUAGCUAAUAAAGCACUGGCAGGUGACGCCAAUUUGCCUACGGAGUCUACACCAAUAUCAACGCCAACCACGUUAGCUGCGGAUGCCGAAAGCGGUAUAUGUCAGAAUUGUGAACCGCCCGACCUUUAUGUACACAACGGCUUGGCCUCACCCUAUCAGCAACAGGCAUUGACUGCGGCGGGUGCAGACAACGCAGUGCCACCACCAAUACCGCAACGCGGUAGCUCCUCCCAAGUAAGUCCACAACAUCGCGCACGCGUGCAACGCCAACAACAACAGCUGUUGGCGCCGCAGCAACAACAUUUGCAUCCGCAUCGGUACACGCAUCAGCAUCAGCAGCAGCACCAGCGGCUUCCACAACAGCAAUAUGUCCAGUCGCUGUCACCAACUGGACUGCAGCAGUCAUCGUUGAUCACGAUUACAGUGACCGUGGACGAUGCUGAUGAGAUUGCCGCCGGUGUUGAUGCUGCUGCCGCCUGCGGUGAGGAUGCGGCAACAAUUGGUGUCGAUCUCCCGCUUAAUACGCAUGCUACGACCGCGGCAUUAAUUAACACGCCACAAAGGCUGCAGGCGCCACUUCAAGCUGCGCCGAAAUUGGCAGCGCUGCAAUCGCUCGCUACAUUGCCGAAUGUUUUCGUUGCACAGCCAAAUGCUGUAAUAACAAAAUUAAGCGAACCCAUUUAUGCUACCGCACAAAAACGCUGUAAAAAUCUUUUAAUUGCACCGGCCGUGACCAAGCCGCUAAUGGCGGUCGCCAUUAACACCAAUAAACAUCUAACACCAACAACAUCGAAUCGUAGUAGUGCAGCUGCAACGCCAGUACACUCACCGUUAUCACAGUCGACACCGACAUCGUUGUCAAAAGCAAAUCUGGUGGAUAGCCAAAGCCAGACGGAGUCCGUCAACCUGGAAACCAUUCUCAAUGAUAUUCAAGCCAUAUCGGAGGAUAUCUUAGCUAUUCAACUGGACAAACGAAGGGAGAAUGACAACGUCCUCAACAAACCGCUGGAACAGGAAGACAAAAAUAAGAAACCGUACCGCUCAGAAAUGAAUUUAACACUGCAAUAUGAUGGCGCAAAUCAAGUGUCUGUUGCUGCCAAUACAGCAGCCAACAGCGCCAAUAAAACAGCGACUGCCACACAAACGUCCCUCAGCAACAAUGCUAACGGCAACAACCGCUGCACGCGUUCUCUGGAACGCGAGCAUACAGACAGCCCAUCGCCGCAUAUACCCGACGCUAUGGUGCCUUUUCCGGAUAAGCGUACUUACAUUGGCUUUGAUCAGUUAAACAAUGAGGCGUGCCUUGAGUUGCCGCCUACAAGCGUUGCAAAUAUGCAGAGACCGCCUUUGCCGCCUGUCUCUGGUGUAGCUCAGGCUAAGCAGGCGCAACCGCCAACGCCGCCAGCGCGCGGAUUUCCAUCACCAUUAAAUAUACGCUGCGCAGGUGUAGCACGCGCCAUGCCAGUAGCAAUACCACAGCCACCUACAGAGGAAACAGCUGGAUCACAGGCUAUCAAGCCGAUGACGCUCGGUCUUGCGCCCAAUAAAAGUCAAUUGUACGCCGCGGUAGCGAACGCGGCGGCAAAGCGUGCGCAAUAUCGCGCUGCAAUGACACAUUCAUUGGACGCGGAAUUGAAUGUGGCAACUGCAACGGGUUUAAACGAGACAAGUGCAGCUGAUGCUUCGAAUGAGGCGCUCGUUGCGGAGGCGGCACGUCGGAAAGCGCGGCGUGUUUCAAUCGUAUGCGGUGACUCAAGUACGCCAGAAUCACCUGAUCCGGUGACCAACACGCAUUUAGUUCGAUCUCAAGCACAAAUAAAUUUAAGCGGUAUGCAGGAUGGUAGCGCAAACAAUGCUACUACUAACAAUUCCAAUACAGCGAACGCAACGAAUCGUCCAAAUGUUGGCAGCUGUACAGAUUUACAGUCCGCGUUGCUCAAUCCGGCGCUGCGUAAUCUAAAGCAAACCAGUCACAGCACUCCCAACUCACCACAUUCCGUGCGGCGUCGUAGCAACAGUAAUACAAUGAGCCCGAAUAACAGCGCUGCUGAUCCCACACAUCCGCAAUCUCUCUCAGCGAACACGUCGCCAAAGCACGCCGCCAACGUGCACCAUCGCCACACAAAUAGCACUUGUAGUAAUAUAGUGGUGGCGCAUCAACGUAAAUCCAGCCAAGAUUCGACCCGCACUAAUGCAGGUGAGGUCGCUGCUGGCGAAGCGGUCACAGGGCGCUCGCGUUGUUCUCGUCGUCACUCUGAUGGCACCGUAGCGAGUAAUGCACAACGUGUCAGCGGCACUUCCGGCCAUCAUCACCAUCAUCAUCAUCAUCACCCGCAUACAUCGUCGAUGCUAAGUAAUAAUCUGCAUCAUAGCCACCACUCGCAUCAGGAUAGUACUUCAUAUUCGGAGCACGGUUCGAAUAGUUCGGCAUCGUCACGCGAGUCGUCAACUUCGUUCAGCGUGCGCUCGCAUCGGCGUAAGAUCUCCAUUAGUUCGCAUACAGGCGGUAAAAUACCAUGGUGCGGCUGCUGGGGCAACGGUUGCUUGUAAGUUAUCUUAGUAAAGCGUGUGCGCUUAUAGGAAAUUGGUGAAUGUAUAUAUACGAAUGACGAACUGGAUGUAGUAAAUAAUUUUAGUUAAUAAAGUAUAUAUAAUUAAUUCUAAUAUAUACUAGUUUUAGUGUAAUCGCUUUACUUUUAUGGUAAAUUAGCAAAUUAACUGUACUUUACUACGCUUUGGUUUAGUUAGUAGGCCAUUUGAUUGUAUGUAGCUAAAAUACUAUAAAUAAAAAUAAAUAAAUAUAUGAAAUAUAAUUACCAAGUAAA